CCGACCAAAUUCGGCUGUUCUCGUCGCGAGGCGUCCAAGUGGAGGAGGAAAAGGAAAGGAGAGGGGGGGAGACUGGUCGUACUGUGAAGGAAGAAAAAGUAAACGACAAUUAAAUAUUGACACCAACCCGUGAGCGGAAAGUGAAAACGGUGCGAAUCGGGCAGCUCUGACGGCGACAGUGCGGUACAUGUAGAGCUAGUUUUCCACAGUCUAUGGUGUAAACACACUGGUGUAGUUGUGACAUUGCGCCGUGAGCGACAGAGCAGAGGGAAAGGUCUCCUCCCAGUCUGUUGACGGAUAGAGUUUGGCUUCAGUGAAAGGAGACACGGCUAGACCUGACUUUACAUUACCUCGGCCAGUGUUAUAUUGCCCAGGAUGUCCUCAAAGGCUCACAGUUCCAAUAACAUCGCCCAUGCCCGGCGGACGGUGCAGCAGCUGAGAAUAGAGGCGAGCAUUGAAAGGAUAAAGGUAUCCAAGGCCUCUGCAGACCUUAUGAACUACUGCAGUGAACACGCCAGAAACGAUCCUCUGCUCAUCGGCAUCCCCGCUUCAGACAAUCCCUUCAAGGACAAAAAACCCUGCACUAUAUUGUAGUGGAUGCCACUUAGCCGUUUUUGUUUUGUUUUUUUUUUUGCUUAUUAAUGUUGCUGUAUUCUUUUUGUUGGGAGGAGUGAGGGGUGGACUGUGAUCGUAUCAUUACCACCUGUUCUGUUAACAAUUCAACCCUGAUUUUCUCAAAAACAGCAAUUUGUAAUGAUGUGUUGUGGCUGCCCCAUUAGCCUGUAUUACUCACUGAAACUGUUGGCCUUGGCAGUGCCACGGGUUCAGUUCAGCUCUGACCACUAACAAGACUUUGGCUCUAUCAGUUGUGAUGGUAUCCGGUACAUAAUUAUGAACAGCAGAUAUCGUUUUCACUGACACUCAGUGAUGGAUUCGGCUCCUUCCUCUGUACACAGUCUCAUCUCCAUUGGGCAGUGACUGUUAUUUCCUCUCUGUUUUGCCUUAAGUGGAUUCAUGCAGCCAAAGUUUCCCUCCCCUCCUUAAAAAGUAUAUCAGAUUUAAGACGGAUAAUAGCGUCUUCAGACACCGUGCCCCACCAGUAUUUUACAGUCUUUGUCCAGUUUAAAUCACUGAAUUCAGGGAUCAAGGUUUACAUUGAGCUUCUACUCAAAUGUUACCAUCAUGUAUCUUUGAUCGGGGCGGUAACAACUGGUGUUAAAUUCAACUAUAGUAACACAAAGUAUUCUGCAACUCAUCACAGCAACAUCAGCUCUGACUGGUCCACGACAAUCCACAUCCCAUUUAAUCCACCGUUUUCCUGUCUGUUAUUUGCAGUAUGAUUACCAUGAUACAGUGUUGUCUUUAGCUGAUUUAAUGAAGCAUCAUGUUGAGAUAUAAACAUCUUUAAUCCAAGAUCUGUUUUGCUCAGAUUCAUGCCUUUGGGAUAAAAUGAGCCCAGUGCUGUGAUACUUAUGGUACUUUAUCACAUUAAUGCAGUGCAUACAUUUAAUUAUUUUUUACUCAGCUGACAAUGUGUAAUGAAGAGUUUGGGACCUAAACAUUUAAAUAUAUGUCUUGACUAUUGUUGGCCAUUCCUUCUGAUAACUUUUCUGUGGUACGACGUUUUUAGGACGCUGACGUCACGGAGCACGCCAGCAAGUGUUACGCAACACUGUGAGCCCCGCCUACUUGCUCAUCACAACAAGUGUCUUAGUCGAGUGAAUGUGCACGUCAUUGUCUUAAAGUGUUGUUGGUGCAAAUAUUGUAGGCACAGGUGUAAAUGGUAUGUGUGCAUUGAUGAUAAAACCACUCUCCCAAGACUGCUCUGAAAUUUCUCAUAUUUUUCAUUUAAACUAUAACGUUUGUGUCGGUGGGGGUCUUCAGUCUUCAGCCUAACAUGUCCUGCAUGUUGUGAUUCUCCAGGGGAAAAUAUCUGCUCUGGUAAAUUUAACUAAAAAACAGAAUAGAUAGUAUAAAUUAAAAAUGUCUUACACUCUAAAGCCUUACUCAUGUUUGCCUUGUAUCGUGAAGAGCACUCUUAAUGGGAGUACUUUCUUUAAAAAAAAAAAAAAAAAAAAAGAUGUUUCUAUAAAAAUGUUUUUAUCUGUGGGAUGAAAGUGAUUUGUAACAAUAUUGUGCCAUCUGUUUUUGUCUACAUGUCACUAGCAAAACAUGUGAAAUUGUGUUUCACUGACCUGGUGCUCCGCUUUCAGCAGUUUUGCUAUUGUUGCCUUCUCCAAAGGGUACGUUCAGGUCUUCAAAUCAGCAAGAUCUAGUGUUAUUAUCCAACUGUGUUUUUUAUGAUUGUCUCUAACAGUCACUUCUUCUUCCUUGCAAUAAAUCAUUCCUGUAUGCCUGUUAAGGAAAACUUCACAUUACCACUGCCAUGUCAUAAUUUCUGUCCAUUCAGCAACCCCUGUAAUGGCCUUAGUGUACUAUUGAUAGAUUAAUUUAACUGUCAAAAUUUGCAUUUUGAUAAUUGUCUUUAUUAAUAUACCAACCUUUGUAUGAAGACUUAUCCAAGAUUAAUAAAGUGAAGCAUUCCUACAGUACAAUACUGUACUAAUAUAUCAAUAAAGAUGUGUCGUGCUGCACAGACAGAAGA